AUGCUUUACAGACCUGUUUUAUUUCCAAAGAAUAGAGACCAUGUAUCUAAUAAUGGAAUAAAUCGCACAGAAUUAUACAUGUCCAGUCAAAGAUCUAUUUCCAAGUUGUGUGUAGAGACAGCCAUGGACUUAAUCAGCAUGAUCAGUAGGUAUAGGUCGGCUGAUAUAACUUUACUUCCUGCUAUAUGGUACAACGUCUUUUAUAUUUAUACAGCUGCAUCUGUCUUAUUAGCUGCAAAACUUCAACCUUGUUUACAGGAUGAUUUAGAUAAAAUAAAGUUCGAGUCGUCUUGGAAAAUGAUGACCGAACUAUUAUCUUCUUAUAAGUCGCAGUCAAAAUCUGCAGCUCGAUGUUUGAAAGUCUUAGAGAUGAUGAACGAUAAAAUCAAAUUCACUAGUCACACACGUUCUAAGCAUGCAUACUAUCAUCAUCAACCAGAAGAAAAUUAUUCUACUCAUAGUGAAUCUGAAGUUCCUAAUGAUUUGCUUUAUUCAUUGAUGUAUGACACUGAAGGUCCUUUUGGAGGUCCAUUUAUCUAUAAUAAUGAAUUUGAUCGAAUUAUAUGA